GUCACCCAUUUCUAACAAAAUCAAAUUUACGACCCGAACCCAUUUAAAACUUCUCAUACCCGACAAAAACGCCCGUUUGCCCAACUCUAAUUUCAUAUCCUCAUUCAGUCAUUCCCGACGAAUCUCUCUCGGCCUCCAUUUUCUCCCCAACAAAAGCUCAGAAGCCUGAUGGAUAACAAUGGCGACGAGAAGAACAUAAACAUAGCAGAAUCUGGAGAUGAAGAUAAUGGCCAAAUCGUCACUCCUUGGGAAGUUUCUGCUAAAGAUGGCGGAAAAAUCGACUAUGAUAAAUUGAUUGACAAAUUCGGCUGUCAGCGACUUGAUUUAUCGCUCAUUCAGAGAAUUGAGCGCAUCACUGCUCGUCCUGCUCAUGUCUUUCUUCGCCGCAACGUUUUCUUCGCUCACCGUGAUUUGAAUGAUGUACUCGAUGCUUUUGAAAGAGGCGAGAAGUUCUACUUGUACACUGGUCGAGGACCUUCUUCUGAAGCGUUGCACUUGGGGCAUUUGGUUCCCUUCAUGUUUACAAAGUACUUGCAGGAUGCUUUUAAAGUUCCCUUGGUGAUUCAGUUAACAGAUGACGAGAAGUGCAUGUGGAAGAAUUUAUCUGUGGAAGAGAGCAUCCGACUUGCACGUGAGAAUGCUAAGGAUAUCAUUGCUUGUGGUUUUGACGUGUCCAGAACCUUCAUCUUUACCGACUUCAACUAUGUUGGUGGAAUCUUCUACCAAAAUAUGAUUAGGAUUGCUAAAUGUGUCACACUCAACAAGGUUUUUGGCAUCUUUGGUUUUACUAACGAAGACCACAUUGGCAAAAUAUUUUUUCCAACAACUGAGGCAGCUCCUGCCUUUUCCAAUUCAUUUCCUCACUUAUUUGGUAGCCAAGACAAUAUUCGGUGCUUGAUUCCUUGUGCAAUUGAUCAGGAUCCUUACUUCAGAAUGGCUAGAGAUGUUGCUCCUCGGAUAGGGUAUCAAAAGCCUGCUUUGAUCGAGUCUUCCUUUUUUCCUGCACUUCAGGGGGAGGCUGGGAAAAUGUCUGGAAGUGAUCCUAAUUCCGCCAUAUUUGUGACUGAUUCUGCAAAGGACAUCAAGAACAAGGUAUAUAAGUAUGCCUUUUCUGGGGGCCAAGAUUCAAAAGAGAAACACCAAAAAUAUGGAGCCAAUUUAGAGGUAGAUAUUUCUAUAAAGUAUCUUGGCUUUUUCUUGGAGGAUGAUGCUGAGCUUGAGCACAUAAAAACAGAAUAUGGUGCUGGGAGAAUGUUUACAGGUGAGGUCAAGAAUCGACUGAUAGAAGUUUUGACAGAGCUGAUUGAUAGACAUCAACGAGCUCGGGCUGCAGUAACUGAGGAGAUGGUGGACGCGUUCAUGGCUGUGAGGCCGCUUCCUCAUAUGUUCGACUAAUGCAAGAAAACUUUUUAAUUUAUAGCAUUUGUAUGAAUAUUGAUUAGUUAUCAAAAAUUGAGAUUAUUUACUUGUGCAAAUCAUUUAAAAUUUGAAAAAUUUUUGGACUGAUUUUAGCAUAUACUUUGUGUCCCUCUAGAAUAGCAUCAUUUAACUUGAAAAUAUGAGUGCUUUUUGCAU